AUGGCAUCAACACCACCUACAAAGAAAGAAUCUAUAUUAGAUUUACAAAAGUUUUUAGGAAAAGGUUUAACUGUAAAAUUCACUGGUGGUCGUGAAGUUCAAGGUAUUUUAAAAGGAUAUGAUCCAUUAGUAAAUAUAACAUUAGAUAAUUGUGAAGAGUUUAUUAGAGAUCCACAAGAUCCACUGAGUUUAACAGGUGAAAAGAGAUAUUUAGGUUUGGUUGUAUGUAGAGGAAGUAGUGUUAUGAUGGUUUGUCCGAUGGAGGGUUGCGAAGAGAUCGACAAUCCUUAUCUAACUCAAGAGGAAUCAACUACAGCCGAAGAAGAAAACUGA